UCGCGUUUGUUGCGCUUAAAAAGAAUUUACGCAAAAAAAAUGAAUUUUUCGCGUAGCUCUUUGCGCUAUGCUCACACCAAUGGCUACACUGGACUGCUGUACACUCCCAAAGGUGACUUCAUCAUCACAUGUGGCACUGAUGGCGAUAUACGGCACUGGACCUGCAUCAGUGAUGAUGAUCCUCGCUCUACUUGCUUGGGGGAGUUUGUAAUGUGCAUUGCGCAUACGGGCAGCCGCUUAUUGGCCUCCACAGAUCGAAAUACGGUGCAUGCCUAUACCUUUCCAGAAAUGGAUAGCGAUGGCAUUCUAAUGAGAUUCACGGCUCCCGCCACUUGCCUGCGCGUCUCUGGUGAAUAUACUGCUGCGGGCAGUGAGGAUACAACCAUUAAGGUGCUGCGUGGCGACAAUGCUGGCGAUGAGAAGAUACUCGAAGGUCAUAAGGCACCCAUACUGGCACUAGAUGUGCAUGCAGAGCGACAACUCCUGGCUUCCAUUGCCGGCGAUGGUCAACUGAAAAUAUGGAACUUUGAAACGGGUCUGGAGUUGAAGUCUGUGGGUGGACUGCCGCGCAUUAAUAGUUUUGAAAGCGCUAGUCUCUUUGGCACACCCAGCUUUGAGCCCAAACGCGGCGAGCAGUUGGCAUAUGCGCUGGACAAUGAGAUAGUGGUGUUGAACACUUCCAACUGGGAGGUGGCCUACAAGCUGCGGGAUGAACGUGUUUCCAGCAACUACAGCUGCUGUGUGUUCUCGCCGAAUGGCGAGCGUUUGGCUGCUGGCACCACCAAUGGCGAGCUUAGCAUCUUUGAUGUGCUACAACGCAAGGCUUUGCCUGUGGAGACGCCACCCAGCGAUUGCAAGGCUAUAACAAGCCUUGCAUGGAAUCCUGCCAAUGCAGAGGAGCUGGCCUUUUGUGAUGCCACUGGCCAACUGGGCACACUAUUCUUAACCGAAGCCGAGCUUGAGAACGGCAUGGAAGUGGAGGAUCAAGCUGAUCUGCUGGGUCUGGAUGAUUAUGAGUUUGAGCAGCGCGAUGGGGAUGAUGAUAAUGAUGUUGCCGCCGACAAUGAUGAUGGCGACGGUGUAAGCUUGGAGCAGCUCAAACGCAAGGUUAUGAGUAAUGCUGCUUAUUCAGAGCGAGAGGCACUAGACGAUGAGAACUCCAAGCAGUCGCUCGGCAACAGCAGCAGCAUUGCGCCGCCAGCGCCACAACUGAAGCUAUUUAAGAAGCAGCCGGCAUUCCAGCCAAGUGCCACACCCAAUGACCUGGAACAUCGUUAUCUAGUGUGGAACGAUGUGGGCAUUGUCACUGCGCACACAGAACCCAAUGGCGAUGGCGACAUCGAUGUGGAAUUUCACGAUGCCAGCUUGCAUCAUACGUUGCAUCUCAGCAACAACUACAAUCAGCAUAAUCUUGGCAGCUUGAGUCGCAGCGCAUUGGCGCUGGCUUCCACAGAGACCAACAAGCUGGUAGUGAUUGCCCUGGCCGCUGCCGGCAAAAAGGAGUGGUCUGUUGCUCUGCCAGACUGCGAGAGCGUUGAGGCUUUGGUAGCCACUGGUCAGCUUAUAGGAGUGGCAACCAGCUCACACUUUUUGCGGCUGUUUAGCGUGAUGGGAACACAGCGUGAGGUGAUUAGCAUACCAGGCGAUGUCGUAGCGCUAGCUGGACAUGAGGAUAGUCUGCUCUUGGUCUAUCAUGCUGCUGGCACCAGUCAGACGCAGCAGCAUCUGGCAGCAAUGUUAGUGAAUGUCACUGGCUUGACUCUAACCGUGGAUCAGAUGGCAAUACCUUUGACGCCAGGACGGCAGCUAAGCUGGUUGGGAUUUAGUGAUGUGGGCUCGCCUUGCUUUGCGGAUAACAUGGGUCUAGUGCAGCUUUAUCGUCGUGCCAGCAAUGCUUGGUUCCCCAUUUGCGAUACAAUGAAGCAGAGCGCCAGCGUGUCCAACAAUUACUUUGUGCUGUCCAUUUCGGAACGUAGACAGAUUAUUCAAGCGGUGCUCUGCCGAGGCAGCACGUACCCCAUGACAAAUCCACGUCCCAUGCUGCAGGAGUUGCGCAUACAAUUGCCGCUGUGCGAUAUUGAGACGGAGAAGUCGGAGCUGGAGGAUACAUUGUUGCGCGCCAGCAUUAUGCAAGUGGACGAAGCUGAGAAAUUGCAAAAAGAAUCGGCCAUCAAGCUAUUCGCGUUGUCUCUCAUCAGUGAGUGCGAGACGCGUGGUCGUGAACUUAUUGAAUCUAUUGCCUGCACAGAGUUGCUGCAGCUGGCUGUUAAGUAUGCCGGCAAGCGUGGACGUAUACAUCUUGCAGAUCGACUGUGUGAGAUGCUGCCCCAGCUGGAAGCUGUGCAGGAGGCGCGUAAGCAGAAGCAGAUCCUAGGCGCCAAUGGCAUCGCGGCAACGAUUGUGCUGCCUAUUGCAGCACCAGCAACGCACACACCUACACCCAAACUGGCUCCCAAGGCUAUGGAGUUGAGUGGCAGCAAGCGUGGCGGACUUAAACGCUUCAGCAAUUCGCCAAAUCUCUUUAAGGCAGUUGCACGACCGGCUACACCUGAUGCCAUCACACCGCUUGAUACACAGGAGAACAUAUUUGGCGAAACGGAGUCGCAGCAAAGUGAGGCUAUCACCGGCAAAACUGCUUCCAGCGACGAACCACAACGCACGCCACUUAAUUCUGUUAAUCCGUUUGCUAUGAAACGCAAGCUGGCUGAGACGGGCGUUCUAUUUGGGUCCGAGAAGCUUAAGUUGGCUAAGAAGUAAACCCUUUUUAAAAUAAACUCUUAAGUUUUAAGCAUACUUUUAAAUAUAUUCUGUGCGUUUACGUUAA